CAUAUUUUUCUUGCUUUAUCGCACAAUGGCUUCAAAUUCGGAAUUUACCUUCGAUAUGAGAAAGGUUAAAUUCGAGCAUGUUGAAUAUUCUUCUAAUCACCUAGUUUUUGAGAAAACUUCUCCCAUCUCCGUUUGUCAUUAUGAAGAUGUCAUGAUGACCCUUGAAAGCGAAAUGGAAGGGCUGGAUGGUUACAUCGCAUCCCUGUCCCCCGAAGAACAAAUUUGGGUCAAAGAAGAUGCUCUUCAAAAUGAGCAGCUUGUGAAGGAAGCAGUUCCGUGGAUGCGCAAGGAAGAAGCUCAGGCGACCACGAAGUAUCGCCAAAUGUUGAUUGCUCAGAAGAAGAAAGCGAUCAAUAAAUUGCACGGGCAUGGAGCCGUAGUUCGCUUCAACCCGGCGCGCAACGCCAAGGCUCCAGUCAACUACAAUGAGGGAGAUACAGAAGAUGACAUCCAAUUUCUGAAGGAGAUCAGGAAGAAGUCGAAGAAACCAAAGAAGACUUUGCAGAAGAAGUGAAACUGUCGAAUUUAAAAUCUGUUUUCCCUGAUUAUCCUAUUCAAAAUUUCUUAUUUUCCUAUUUUCCUAUUUUCCAAUAAAAUGACAAUUUGCCAACAA